GCGUCUUUGUUUGUUGCUAAUGUUGGCAACUUGAUCGACCGGAUCGAUGCAAGCUUAAGCUCUUUGUGGCUGUUUCAGAGACUCAGUGGAUGAUGAAACAUAAUUAGAAAACAGCAGCGUUAACUGGAUAUCCAGCAUGGAUAAGCUUAUAUACACCCGUUGUCGUCCUGGUCGACAAGAGUCUCAAGCUUGUCCGCAGACUUGCUCUGGUGGUGCUUGUGACUGAAGCCUGCCCUUGUCCUGCAUUGCAUAGAUUGAUGGUGGUCAUCCGUCAAGAUCAUCUGUGCCUUAUCCUUGUACCCUGAGCCCUCGCGCUUGGACAUUGCAGAGCAGCCUCGUUCCCCCAGACUGCUCUCCCAGCUUCGGCUGCCAGUCACCUCUAUAUACCGCUGAUCCCAGCAUCAGUACGGAGUACUCCGUACCAUGAGCCAUCUCUCUGCUCCCAAAGCAAAGCAGCAGCAUUGAACAAAACCAAAAAUGGCCAACAUCGUUACUCGUCCCCUCAGCAUCUUCCGCAAGCACGACUCCUCCAAGCCCCAGUCGCAGCCGCAAUCACAUUCACUACACACCAGAUGGGGCGACGCAGCCAUCUCCGCGCCAACAGACGGCUCCUGGACCCAAUACACUACCCCCGCCCCUCAUCAAUCUUUCUCCUCCACCCGCAGGAGCAAGAGUAAGAACAAUAGCAAGAGCAAGGGCAUGGACAAGCCAGCCUACGAAGUGGAAUACGUGCCUCGCACGCAUCAACUCAUCGAAUCCCGCCCAAGCUCAACCCUAAACCCAAACUCCACCCCUUCAACCUCGACCUCGACCUCCCUGUCACGGCGUCUCUCUAUACGUCUGACGCCUAGAUCAAGGAGCUCCUACUCGGACUGUGACACAACCGAACGCCAACCCCUCGUCGAGCGCCGGGCCCAGUUCGCCUACAGACCCAUCCGCCAGGAUUAUCCCAGCGAAGUCGCCGAAAAGACUGCAGCGGCGCCUCGAAUCACCGUCAACAGCGUCGACGAGCGAUCUAUAUCUCCAUCUCCAUCUCCCGCUUCGUCGCUGGAGCCCACGCCCUCCCCAUCGUCGUCGCGCUUCCGGUAUAUCCCUGCUUACCCGCGGUACGAGGAGGAAUUCGCUCGCUCGCGUUUAUCGCGCGCGUACUCGGUUUCUUCAAGUGGUAGUUACCGUGCUGGAGACGAUGAGAACUGGGACGAGGGGUUCAACCUGGACUCCGGCUCCGGGUCUCUGAGGAGUGGCUCGUCGGCGAAGAAACGGCUCUCGGCCAGACGCAUGACCAUGACUAUGGUGCCUGAUGCGGAUGAAAUUUACGGAUGAUUUGGUUUUGUUUGUUU